GAAGACUUCCACCCGGAUGUAGUUACGCAAUUGGCAUGUAGCGUAAGCUAACCUUACAUUUUGGUCGUUUGCAAACAUUUGCUGCUUUUUAUCUGUCAUUUCUCAAACAUGUAAGAUAAAUUUACUUUAAGACAACUCCGUUUGCCGUMGAUUAUUGAUUAAAGGAAAUUUAAUGCUGACAGUAAGUUCAGGAGAGGGGAAAAAGGGGAAACGGCUAGUUUGCUAACAUACAUUUUUAUGCGCGUUUUCGUGUUACCAUCGCUGUACUAAUUUAUCGUGUAAAUGGACAUGUAGCUAAAGUGUUUUUUUGUGAUUUCUGUAAAACAACACUUGACUUUUUGUGACUAAACAUAUUUCUCCGUAAGGGAACUAAACUCGCAUACCUUAGGCCUUCGUGUGUUUAUUUUUUCGUUUGAACAGGGUCUUUAGUUUGCUAACACCAGAAGUCAAGAAGAGGACGUCAUUACGAUAAGAUUAACUUAUGCGAUAAGAGGUUUUGAAUUUUUUUUUUCUUUUUGAAGCUGUAGCGUUAUAAUGAGUUUCUUUAGUUUUGGUCAAAGUGCAGAAAUCGAUGUAGUCCUCAAUGACGCUGAAACGAGGAAGAAGGCUGAACACAAAACCGAAGAUGGAAAGAAAGACAAAUACUUUCUUUUCUACGACGGUGAGACUGUCAGCGGGAAGGUGAACGUCACGCUGAAGAACCCCGGCAAGAGGCUGGAGCACCACGGCAUCAAAAUAGAGUUUGUUGGCCAAAUAGAGCUGUACUACGACAGAGGAAACCACCAUGAGUUUGUUUCUCUGGUGAAGGAUCUUGCGAGACCCGGUGAAAUAACCCAAUCCCAGACCUACGACUUUGAGUUCACCCAYGUUGAGAAACCCUACGAGUCCUACACGGGCCAGAACGUCAAGCUAAGAUAUUUCCUUCGUGCCACGGUGAUCAGAAGACUAAAUGACAUCACUAAAGAGAUGGACAUCGUGGUCCACACGCUCAGCACCUACCCUGAACUCAACUCCUCCAUCAAGAUGGAAGUUGGGAUUGAAGACUGCCUCCACAUUGAGUUUGAGUAUAACAAAUCCAAAUAUCAUUUGAAGGACGUAAUCGUGGGGAAGAUCUAUUUCCUGCUGGUGAGGAUUAAAAUAAAACACAUGGAAAUUGACAUCAUCAAGCGCGAGACGACGGGCACCGGUCCGAGCGUCUACCACGAAAACGACACCAUCGCAAAGUACGAGAUCAUGGACGGAGCGCCGGUCAGAGGGGAGUCCAUUCCCAUCCGGUUGUUUCUGGCCGGUUAUGAUCUGACUCCCACCAUGAGAGACAUCAACAAGAAGUUCUCUGUGCGCUACUACCUGAACCUGGUGUUGAUCGAYGAGGAGGAGAGACGCUACUUCAAACAGCAGGAAAUCACCCUGUGGAGGAAAGGAGACGUGGUGAGGAAGAGCAUGUCCCACCAGGCCGCCAUCGCCUCCCAGAGGUUCGAGGGUUCGGCUGCUUCAGAGAGCGCGCUGGAACAGGCUGCCAAGGAGGAGAGCGGAUAGACCCCCCCCCCACCCCCAACGCUCGCCACCGUCUGCUCGACACGCGGGCUCACCUGUCUACUGUGCAAACAUCUGGCGAGGCAGCUGUUUUCUGUUCGUGGCCGCUGCUGGUGAAGAAGGGAAAGCGACUAAAACCCGAGCGUGAACUCUGAAACAGUUUGCAUGAGGCGUUCAGAGCAGCUUCAGGCUCCUGUCCCUCCUCAUCGUCCAUUUUUUUUUUUUUUUGUUUUCUGUACAGGAACUAAUCCGAUCACCUGUCACCGUGUCUGCUGAUUGAGCUCACAUGAAAUUCUUUUUUUUUUCAUCUUGUUUCUUGCAUUCUAAUUCUUCAGGCAUACAUUUGUUUUCCAGUCUCUUUAAACAUCAGCGACUUUUCUAACAUUCCACAUUUAUUAAACACAUUCCUAUUAUCGGCWACACCGCUGCACUGCUUACACGUUUUAGUUUCUUCUUUGUGUCGUUGCACAAAAAAAAAAGAAGAUGAAAGUAAAAACUGGAAUCUCGUUUCUGUGAGCGAGCUGAAGUAUUAUCCGACACGUUUUUAGAACUAAACCCUGUAAAUAAGACCAGUUAAACUCGCUCUCCUGUUCCAGCUUGUCUAGGUUGAUGAUCCGGUCCACAGUGCUUCGAAACGAUCCUUCAUGUCCUCGUGCUUUACCUCAGCAUUCCAGUGGUGUUCAGAGAGGAUGUCAGUGUUUGUGUUCAGAUCUAACCUUAUGGAUGGAGUCGUCUUUAUCCUCUUUAUUAGAGACUYGACAGUUGUGCCUAUGUGUAUUAAUCUAAUGAGAAUCUUCCUGCCUCUAACAUGAUUUUAGUCUUUUAACCAGAGAAAAAUGACCGUAGAAUUAUCUAUCUUUUGCAAAAUGCUUAUUGAUUUAUUCCUUGUUCCAGAAGUUAAAAUAAACUGAUGCCAAAUGAAAAAAAAGAAAAGAAAA